CGAGCGCUUUCCUUGCAGUAUCGCGCACUUGCGACCGCGAUCCCGAUCUCUAAUCCUACCUUGCGAGUCUGUGCGACGCUCGUCUGCACUGUGAGACUCCGUCGUCGUGGGAAUCAGUGCCGCGCACAUCCAUCGCUAUCGUCCUUUUCUCGACCUCCCGAUCUUCUCUUCUUCUUCUUCUCCUUUUUUUUUUUUUUUUUUUUUUUGGAGUCCUCCCGGCCGUAUCGGAUUUUUCCCGCGCUUAUUUCAAUCAAGCUUGACAAUCUAUUUCCUGGAUUGAUUUUUUUUUUCUUCUUCUUCUUUUUGGAAGUAUUUUGAAAGCUUUGAUGUUGAUGUGAAUGCACGAUGGCGAUGGUGGGGACUAGCAGCAGCACGGUGAUGGGCCGGGUCGGCGGGUGGGCUGAAGCGCUCUUAGCGGCAGCACCAGCUGUGCGGGGGGGGAAUGGGGGAGAGAUCGGUAGUAGGCGCACUCCCUCGUCGAGAUCGGGAUUGCCUAGCACGCGAUCUCAAACGGUGUCAUCGCUGGGACAUGCGGCCGCAUCAGUUGCCUCUACCUCCGGCUGCGCAUCGCCGUCCGCUUGGUCCCCCUCCUCCGCAGGUUCGCGCCGCUGGUUGCUUGCGGAGGCGCCUCCUCGGGGAGGGGGCUUGCGCCGCCGCCAUGAAGGUGAGGGCGCUGCCGAACGGGGGACAGGCGGAUUGCGCGCUCCCCCUGCGACCGUCUCCCGCCAGUAUAACUCCGUUGGCGCGCGAAUGAUGCCCCCGCAGCGCAGGACGAUGCGGACGAGCGCCGCCGCGAGCUUGCGUCUCCGCCUACAUGUAGCGGUAGGGGAUUUCGGACCACAGACGGAGCUAAGGAUGGUGGUAAGAAGGCCCAGUCGCGAUCCCUCCUCGUUCACGGCACGUGCAAUGGGCGAUCCCAGCGUCGAGGGUGACGUGGCGAUUUCUCGACCGUUGAUUAGCACCGAUGCGAGAGGAGGAGGAGGAGGAGAUCGGCAGGGGGCAGAUCGUCUUCUCCGGCAGGCGUUGGCGGAAGAGGAUGCGGGCUUGACACGUGGCUGGCACCUCAACGAUCCCGUUGGACCUAAUACGACGCUAGCAGAGGCAAUUGCUAGAGUGUGUACGGGCCGAACAAGGACACGGCCGAUGGACGAGAAGCAGGCGAGAUCGGUGCUGGAAGCAAUCCUGAACCAGCACUAUUCGCAUGUGUGACGGACUUGUACCUCCAACAAAGGUGCAAUUUUGUA